AUGAUUGGACCUGAAAGAGUUGAAAAGGGCGCCAUCUUCGUCGAUCGAAAGGGCCAUCUCUACCUAGCCAUGAGUGGAAAAGUCAUGAAAUACGAAACUUCUCAAGAUGCUAUGGGAGUUCAAGUUGCCGGAGGUGAAACAGCAGGGUCAGAUCUAAACCAGCUAGGCAGUCUCAUAAAUGGCCUCGCAGUCGACGACUAUGGAAAUCUCUUCAUCUCAGACACCAAUAAUCAUCGAGUAAUUAUGUGGAUGAAGGGCGCUACAACUGGUACCGUGGUUGCCGGUGUCAGCGGCGAGGCGGGUAGUGACGCUCUUCACCUCGAUCGACCGGCUGGCAUUUACCUUGAUUCUGAGCACUAUGCUCUCUACGUUGCCGAUCAGUGGAAUCAACGAAUUCAGCGCUUCUUCCUUGUGGGAGCAAUGAGAGGUGAGACGGUUGCAGGAGGAAAUGAAAAGGAGAUAAGUAGUUCACAGCUCAACCAGCCGAUAAACCUGGUGUUAGACAAGGAAGGAAACCUCUACAUUGCAGACUUCGGAAAUGGACAAAUCACGCGGUGGCUAAGAGAUGAUGUACGCUCAGGUGGCAAAAAUAAUUAUGAUGUUACACUUGAAAUCACUGAUCUUGGUCCAAAUGAUGCCGAAACAUAUAAAAUUGUCGUUAAAAAUAAAGCUGCAGAAAUAACAGCUAGUAUUAAUUUGAAUAUUUCAAAUGAAGAUGACGCUGCUGCUGCCCAUGUCACUGAAAAUGAAGCUGGAAAAGGAGCACCAUCUGAUGCAACUACACCAACUAAAGUUAAAGAUCCAAAUGCGUCUACUCCACCAGAAUUUCUUGAAAAAUUAAAAGAUGCUGAAGGUAAUGAAGGUAAAACAAUUACAUUAGAAUGUGAAGUUAUUGAAACAGCUAAACCUGCUGUUGAAUGGUUCAAAGAUACUAAAGAAAUUUCUCAAGGUGCUAAAUAUACUAUAACACGUGAUGGUGAUAAAUGUAUUUUGGUUAUUAAUAAUACUACACCAGACGAUGUUGAUGAAUAUAGUAUUACAAAACGUAAUAAAGGUGGUUCAAGAAUGUGUCGUUGUAAUGUUAAUGUUCGAUUGCCACGACGAUUUUGUUUACCACUAAAAUAUCAAUAUGUUCUUAAUUAUGAUAAAGAUGAAUCAAUUGUUAUUAAAAUUCCUUAUAUUGGUAGUCCAUUACCUAAUGUAAUGAUAUCGAAAGAUGGGAAGGAUAUAACAAAAUAUAAAAAUGUUUCAAUUGAUGUUACUGAUCGAGCUAUUACAUUAACUAUUUGA